CAAAGUUAGUGUUCUGUCAACCAAGUACUGGCAGCUAUUUCUACGGAUUCUUGUUUUUUUUAUCGUCAUUGUCUUCAACAUUUUCAAUGGACAGCAUGGAGAAAAUAGAAAUAGACGUAAAUGCACCUUCUGUUAUUGAUCGGUAUUACACACGUUGGUACAGAACAGAUUUGAAAGGGAAAUCGUGUGAAGACCACUGCAUCCUGCAGCAUUCAAACAGAAUAUGUGUUGUCACUUUGGCCGAGACCCACCCUAUCCUUCAGGAUGGACGGACAAUCAAAGGCAUCAACUAUAAGAUCAGUAAUGGCUGCAGUCGUCUCAACAACAAAGUGUCUGGGAAGUCCAAGCGGGGGGGGCAGUUCCUUACCGAUUUUGCACCUUUGUGUAGGAUAACCUGCACAGAUGAGACUGAAUAUACAAUCUACAGCUGCAUCCGGGGUCGGCUUCUUGAGGUCAAUGAAGAUAUUAUAAAAAGACCCAGCCUCUUGCUGGAAAAGCCAUCCACCGAAGGAUACAUCGCCAUCAUCCUGCCGAAGCUGGAGGAGAGCAAGGCCAUCACAGAGAACCUCCUGACCAGAGAAGCAUUUGAGAGCGUCGUCUCCAAACGGGGUAGUGCUCAACCACAACCUUGUUGAUGCUGCGUAUGUUGUUUUUGUUUUUUUGGGACCUGCUUACAUCAGGACUGUGUUGGGCCUCACCCUGAAAGAUGUCUCAGCACCAGGUAAAGAAAGAUGCCCACACACCAGGGUUGGGUGAGGAGUAUGAGCGCUACUGGGAAGUCGCUUUCUCUUGUUGGCACUUCCAUCGGACCCUGGGAUAUGAAUAAGUAAUGCACUGAUACCUCUGAUGUUUAACAUUAAGUAUUUUGAGUGUACAAGCUCAGACGUUUUACUUGUGUUAUUUUCCGUUGUUCAAAUAAGUUUUGAGAAAUGUUCAUGAUUUUUUUUUUUGGAUGGCUUGUUUAUUCAUUUAACAUAAUUUUGUAAAUUGCUUUUCAUUUCAUGUCAAGAAAACAUGGGACUGUAACUACAAUUCUGUUGCUGAAUGCCUAAAAGGAGGAAGUACUAUUUUUGAUUUGAGUAUAUCAAUAAAAACAAACCAGA